AUGGAAAAUGAUGAUAUAAUUGAAUUGAAUGUUGGUGGAGAAACAAUGGCCACGAGAAGAACAACACUGUGUCAAGUCGAGGGCUCUUUACUUGCAUUAAUGUUUGGCGGUCGUUGGAAAGGAAACAUGAUGCGUGAUAAGGACGGUCGAUUUUUUCUUGAUUUUAAUCCAAAAUAUUUUGGUUUUAUAUUAGAUUAUCUUCGUGCAAAAGCAAUUGCAAUUACUGGAAGACCCGCAAAAUUGCCCAAAGUUGAUUUAGAUGAAGUCAAUAAUUUCUAUGAGCUCAUCGAAUAUCUUGGACUCGGUUGUGAAAUGUUACCUCCGGAGUCAGAGUCAUUUAAAGAACAUAGUCCGGGUUUUACACUGGAAGAAAAUGGAACUGUGGCGGCAUAUCGUUCGAAAUCACAGACAAAGAAAAACCCCAGGGGCUACACAAAUCCAGUCUACUCAGAACCUCAAAACGAAUUUAUAUUCGGUAACAAUUGUUACGAAGGGGGGAUAAUGCGGUUGAAGUUAGAAAUGGAAGUAAAAUACAUGGAAAGUUUAGGACCUGCAGGAUACAUUUGGGUGGGCGUCGUGCCAUCCGAAGUUACUCCUGAACAUGCCAGGCGUACUACAUUUUGUUAUCCUGGACAGAAUUUUUAUGGCUGGAGAAUGGAUUGCUGUGACAAUGGAAUUAAAAUGCCUUUUGAAACCAGCAAUCGUCCAUGGUACUAUUCAAAUCUUAUUACAAUUGAAAUUAUUUUAGACAGUGAUACAAGAAAGCUGUAUCUUAAAUUUCAUGACGGAAAGCAACUUAGUCUGAAACUUACACGGUGGAACAAAUGGAGACUGCUUCUUAAAUUGAGCUGCAGAAAUCCGUAUGAAGACAUGCAGGAACGGUAUUCCGCACCGAUGCCCGUAUCUAUGCGUGCAUGUAUUCUUAAGGCGUUUAAAGAAUAUUAUAGUUAG